AUGUCUGAGCCGACGCAGACUCCCACGCCCGAAAAGACACCGGGUCCAGGCAAGAAGAAGCCCAGUCGGCCAGCACUGGACCGGAGCAAUUCCGACGUCUCUACGACAUCCGCCGACGACCAGGGCUACGAGUCGCGGUCCAGAUCACAGUCACGCCGGAGGAGAAGACAGAACCAGCGACAGCGGCAGACGGCCCAGGGCAAGGCACAGGCCGGAAACGCAUCUGCCAGGUCGAUGGCGUCGAUUGACGAGGGCAACGAACCACGACCACAACAGUCACAACAGGUCGCUCAGCGGCCGCCGCCGCAACAGCAGCAGCAGCAACAACAAUGGCUCAAGAACCCCGACCCACGAGACAUCACCGAGGCACAGCCGUUCGAGAGGAUAAAACCACCGUCUCAGUCCAUGGAAGGGCCCGUCACCUACGCCCGCAUGCUUCGAGGGGAGAUCCCGUGGCGAGGCGCACCGCCCACGCAGCCUCUCGAGACCGCUAAGCCCAUCGACGCGAGAGACAGCAGCGGCAAGGACCCCAUGGACCAAGACGGCCUGAAGCUGCGCCUGGAGUUGAACCUCGACAUCGAGAUCGAGCUCAAGGCCAGCAUACACGGCGACCUGACUCUGGCAUUAUUGUAA